AUGCUCCGGAUAAUAUUAAUUAUUUCAAUCGCGACAGUGCAUUUUGUUGAAGCUGCUGUCAUUUGCGUACCUUGCGAAAAGGAUUAUCAUCAUCCAGAUGUAGAUGACACUCAAAAAUUUUUCAAGUGUGCCAAUGGACGUUCUGUUCAAUUCAAUUGCCCGCCUCAAACGGUUUUCAAUAAUGAGAUAAAUGUUUGUGCUUGGCCACAUGCAGAAGGAGAGAAUUGUGGUGCUACUUUUAGAGAAAUUCCGAUACCUAACAAUUCAGGAUCUUUAACCGAGUCAAGCUCAUCAACGACAGCUGAAGAACCAUCACUUCAAGGAUCACAAAUAUCUUCAACCGUUUCAAGUUCUUCAACCGAAUCAAGUUCUACAGCCGAUCCAAGCUCUUCAACCGAUUCAAGUUCUUCAACCGAAUCAAGCUCUACAGCCGAUCCAAGCUCUUCAACCGAUGCAAGUUCUUCAACCGAAUCAAGCUCUACAGCCGAUCCAAGUUCUUCAACCGAUUCAAGUUCUUCAGCCGUUUCAAGCUCUUCAACCGAUUCAAGUUCUUCAGCUGUUCCAAGCUCUUCAACCGAAUCAAGCUCUACAGCCGAUCCAAGCUCUUCAACCGAUGCAAGUUCUUCAACCGAAUCAAGCUCUACAGCCGAUCCAAGUUCUUCAACCGAUUCAAGCUCUUCUGCUUCAUCAACCGAUUUAAGCUCUUCAACCGAUUCAAGCUCUUCAACCGAAUCUAGCUCUCCUGCUUCAUCAACCGAAUCAAGUUCUUCAACCGAUUCAAGCUCUUCUGCUUCAUCAACCGAAUCAAGUUCUUCUACCGAUUCAAGCUCUUCAACCGUUUCAAGUUCUUCUACCGAAUCUAGCUCUUCAACCGUUUCAAGUUCUUCAACCGAUUCAAGCUCUUCUGCUUCAUCAACCGAAUCAAGUUCUUCUACCGAUUCAAGUUCUUCAACUGUUUCAAGCUCUCCAAGCUCUUCAACGACUGACGAACCAUCACUUCAAGGAUCACAAAUAUCUGAAGGAGAAGACUUUAUGGCAGCAGAUCUCGUUGGAAGACGCCCAUUGAAUGUACAAGUCGUAACAAGUGAUCAAUAUUCCACAACUCUAUCUCCUCAAAAAACAUCAGAAACUCCAAGUACAACGGAAGACGACAAUUCCGGAAUGUUUGCCCGAUUGCAAACGAUGAUGGAAAGCUGGUACCAACAAGAAGCAAAAACACUUGAACAACAAAAACAAGAGCAAUUAGCUUCGGAAAAGAGCACAAUAUUGGGAUAUCUCGAUCGAAUCGAGUUAGCACUCAGAAACCUCUUAGCUAAUUGUAACCUUUGCAGCAAGCCAAAAGAAGAUAUAACUCCAACACAACCAACAGUAACAAUAUCACCAAUUAUAACACCAAUGGACAAAUCCACAAACUUUGAGAUACCAAUUGGGCGCCGACAAGUAAUCAACGGUUAAACAGCUUCAUUAGAAAUGCAUCACGAUUCAAUGUCAAGUUCGAAAUUGUCGUGAUAUCAAUUCUUGCACGAGUAACAACACACUAAAGAGACAACUUUCCGUUCUUUGUUCUUCGUGUUUCGGAUCCAAUCGUAUUUUAAUGAAUUUUCAACUAAUAGGCAAUCUCAACCUCUAUUUAUAUCUUUAAAAAACCGAUGUCUCCAUAAAAUAAUCGAUCAUUUUGUUAAUAAAAGUUCUUAGAUAAACAUGAAGAUUUUCUAUUUUUCCGUAUUACUUUAUCUGGCAUUAGUAAAAGUUGCUGCUGGCGAUCAAUGUCCUGAAGUAGAUGACGAAUACGCGACUUAUUUGCCGCAUGAAUCGGAUUGCAGUUUGUUCUACGAAUGCUCUAAUGGGACUCCAAUCAUGUUGAGUUGCCCCCCGACUUUGGAAUGGAAUCGCGAGUUAAAUGUUUGUGACUGGCCAGAAGAUGCUAAUUGCUCCUAAAUAUCAAAAUUGUACGGAAAUUUUUUUUGAAAUCAAUAAAAAAUUGAAAUUUUAAGAAAUUUUCUUCGUGAAACAAUUCAAAAUUGUUUUUUUUCCUGUUUUUCAUUCCAUCACGU